GACCACUCGGAGUUACCCAUCGGAGCGGCGGCCACCAUGGCUCACGAGAUCGGCCACAAUUUCGGCAUGAGCCACGACCCGGAAGGCUGCUGCGUGGAGGCCACAGCAUCGCAGGGCGGCUGCGUCAUGGCUGCUGCCACAGGGCACCCCUUCCCCCGGGUCUUCAGCUCCUGCAGCCGCAGUCAGUUGGAGGGCUACUUCCAGAAGGGAGGAGGCGUCUGCCUUUUCAACCUGCCGGACACCAAAGACCUGGUAGUGGGGAAGAAAUGCGGCAACGGAUUUUUGGAGGAAGGAGAGGAAUGUGACUGUGGGGAGGCCGAG